UUCCCUUUUCGUGAACUUCAAUGAGUAUCAACGAAGAUUUAUAUCGCACUUUCGCCGUGUGUCGCCGAUUCUUACGAUUAGUAGGCGCAUGGCCUGAUCCUGAUGUCCCUUUGAGUGACUUUCGUCGGCCCAAGAUAAGAAUCAUGAUUUCAGUGUGUAUUGUGUGCAUAUAUGUGUACGUACCGCAAUUGUCGAAUGCAAUACAUUCUUGGGGCAACGUGAAUCUAAUGAUACAACACAUCGCCAGCGCUAAUUACAGCUUUUUAGCAUGUUGCAAGCUGAUCGUCACCCGGUAUCACGGUGAAACCCUGCGAACGCUAAUGACAUCGUUGAAGACCGACUGGGUGACUUCAAAGCGAAACUGGGAACGUAAUACGAUGUUGAAAGUUGCAAGAACUGGGAGAAACAUAUCUUUCAGCUGUUACAUGAGUUUCAUAUGCGUGGCCAUCUUUUACGUCUAUUUCAACCUUUUGAAAUUCUACCGAAACAUAUGUCUGUCCGAACGGAAGUUGGUCUAUCAGUUCGAUUAUCCUUAUGAUAUGCAAAAGGUUCCAUACUACGUGAUUACUUAUUUCAUUCAAAUUUGCGCCGGCAUAUGCGCAGCAUUUAUCAACUCUACUGUAGACACCUUCGUUUCUCUGCUCUUGCUGCACGUUUGCGCGCAGCUGAUUAAUCUACGAACGACACUUAACAACUUGGUCGAGAAGCUAGCCGAAAAAUCUAUACCUUCCGCUAAGUAUAAGGAGGGCAUUACCGCGAUCGUUCUACGACAUGAGAGUCUCAUCAGGAACGCUAAGAUCAUUGAUAACUGCUACAGCUUGGUUUUACUGGUGCAUAUGAUAGCCACUACUUUUCAACUGUGUUUCCAAACUUUUCAAGUUUAUACGAAAAUAACGGACGAGAAUUCGGAUGGUUUGACUAUUGGAAUGGUAUAUCUUAUGUUUUACGUUAUGUUCGUGUUGACACACAUAUACAUAUAUUGCUACUCAGCUGAGAAACUUUUAUCGGAGAGUAUCGCUGUGGCGUAUGGCGUGUACGAAUGCAAGUGGUACGACAUACCAUCGAGAGACGCGAAAGAUUUAAUGUUCAUCGUGUGUCGAUCUAUAAUUCCACUCAGACUGACAGCUGGGAAAUUUAGCACCUUUUCGAUUGAGACGUUUGGAAUGACAGUGAAAACGUCAAUGGGAUAUUUAUCAAUGUUGCUGGCGAUAAACAAUUAGAAGAAAUAAUAUUAGAGGUGAUUUCAUAUUAAUUCCGCAUACGACUAACCACCAUUUAUUUACAAUUAAAUAAACAGUUUCAUUUAUAUGCACUGUAUACGAUAUUGUUCUAAUAAAAGAAAUACACAUUU